AUGAGAAUGCCAAUUUUCCUUGGAUGUGCAUUAGAGAUAUACAAUUAUUUUUAGGAUCUAAUUCUAAACAACAUUUAUGUGUUGAUAAUAAUAAUAUUGCAUUUGAUGGUUGUUUCUCUUUUGUUUAUGAUUGUGUUGAAGGUUGUAGUAACUGCAUUAAAGGUACUUGUAUAAAUUGUCUAAUUGGAUGGUAAUUCUAAUAAUUUGAUCAAAGUUGUAUACCAAUUUGUGAUGAUUCUAUAAUAACUAGUUUUUAAGUAUGUGAUGAUGGAAAUUAAAUACCUAAUGAUGGUUGUUAUUAAUGUUCGUUUUCUUGUAUUUUAGACUGCUUAUUUUGUGAAUUUGAAAAAUGUUUAGAAUUUAGUCCUUUUUUUUGAAUUAUCUGAUGAUAAACAAAAAUGCAUAAGAAAAUGUGAUAAUAAUGCAUUUAAAAAUAUAAUAGAUACUAUCAUGAUUUCAAUGAUGAAUGUUCAGAAACCUGUAAUUAGAGUGCAAAUUAUGUAUUAAUUACUAAUGCUAUCUUUGUGAAUAUGGAUGGUAAUUGAGAGAUAACUAUUGCUAUUUAUUAUGUGGAGAUGGAGAGGUUGCAUAUUCUAUAGAAUAAUGUGAAGAUAGUAAUAAUAUUCCUAAUGAUAGAUGCUUUGAAUAUUAGCUUGAAUGUCUUCCUCAUUGUUUAUAAUGUUUAGAUAUAUAUACUUGUUUGAUUUGUUAAGACAAUUUUUAAAAAUAGUAGAAUUAUUAUGUUUGCCAAUCUGUAGUGAUGGUAUUAUCAUCUCUGAAUUUGAGGAUUGUGAUUAUGGUAAUAAUUAACCUUAUGAGGGUUGUUUGAAUGUUAAUUCUAAUGUUCAUAUGGUUGCCUUGAUUGUGUAUAGGGAAAUAUUUGUAAGAAGUGUGACAAUAAAUUUGUAUUGAAUAGAGAGACUGCAGUUUGCUAGGAAUAAAAUACAGAACAAAUAUUGUAUGGAAAUUAAAGUGAUACAAAUAAAUCCGUAAUUACAGAUAGUAGUAGUUUUGAUCCAAUAACAGACAACUAGUAUAAUGUUAUGCGUGGCAAUGGAAUUCUGAAUAUUUAAGAAGAAUGUGAUGAUAAUAAUGUAAAUAAUCUAGACGGAUGUUCUAAUUAAUGUAAAAUAGAAGAUAAAUGGGAUUUUGUAUAGACUAUUUUUCAAAGUCAAUGUUUCCUCUUAACCUCAUUUUACUUAGAAUUUAUUUUUCAUACUAAUUCAUAUUAAUAUGUAUCAUUAUCAUUUUCAAAUCUUGUAAAAUUGAAUGAAUCGAUAUUUAAUUUAAUUCCUAGAAUUAAAGUUUAAAUUGAUAUUUAUCUUUGGAAUAGUAUAAUUAUUUAAUUUAAGAUGCAUAAUAAAUCAUUUGUUAUUUAUGAUAAUUGCAGUAGAUUAAUUCGAUUUGAAGUAAGCUAAUUAUUUAUUUAUCAUUUAAUUUUUCUAAUCAAUAAUUGAUCUACCUAUUUUAAUUGUUUCUAUUAAUUCAUCCGUAAUAGAUGAGAAUAACCUUCAAAGUUGACACAAGUCAAAAGUCAAAAAGCAUUAACUUCUAGCUUCCACUAUUCUAAAUAGUGAUUAAGCAGCGGUAUCUAUUAAAUUAUAUAACUUCGCCCUUUGGAUUAUUAUUGGACUAGCUAUAAGCAGUGUAUUAUUGA